AUGGGGAAGAGGCUACGGAGGAGAGAGGAGGCAGAGCCGGCGGCGGAGGGUCUCGACGCCGGCGGCGACUCCGGUGGGCAACGGAUGGCCGACAUAGCGGGCGUGGGCGGGCGUUGGCUGGAUAGUUUUGAGAACGCCGUGGGAUUGGAAAAAGAUGUUAAGACGCUUGAGGGAAUGCUGCUUCGUAAAGAUCAUCCUCAGCAAAUGUUUAUCUCCUUACUUGGGGAGAGUGGUGUCGGAAAGAGUACACUGAUGGAUGUUAUCUAUCACAAUAUGGAGGUGAUUAGUCAGUUUGAAAUUGUAGUUUGGUUCAACAUGCCGCCAGAUGGCACCACAGAAACUCUCCUCCAAUCAAUCUACGAUAGAGCAUAUGUAAGUGCACCGCAACAUCAGCCGGAUGAAGGCAUUGAUAUCGCCGAUAAGCUCCGACACCACCUGGAGAAAAAGAGGUACCUUGUGAUCAUCCAUGGCAUAUCCUCCGAAACCAUCCUCAACUGCCUGAGGGCGAGCCUACCAGAUGACAAUAAUGGUAGCAGUGUUGUGCUCAUGUUGGACACUGAGAGCGAAGAAGUAGCAUGGCAUGCUAACACACUGAACAAAGAUGGCAUCAAUGGAAUCCACAUGUUGAAUCGUUUGGAUGAAAAAAGAAGUGGAGAGUUGUUUUGUUCGAGGGCCUCCAGGAAAGAAAUGUCGGAUGUAAAGGAAGACAUGAGCAAGUAUGACAAAAUUGUGUACGACAUAACUGGAGGCUACCCUCUGGCUAUAGUCCUCCUGGCUGGACUCCUCCGAUUCAAGGAGAAGCCAGGGCAGUGGGAAGCAGUGCUGCAACUUCUCAGGCCUGGACCAGGAAUGGAAGAAGCACAAGGCGUUGAGGGCAAUAAGAUAAUUGGAUCUGUACUGCCCAAGGGGAGGCGGCGUAUCGAGUGGCGGAUGAGCUCUACAACACAAUCUAACCUGUCAACAAGAACGACCCUCGAGAGGGUCUUCUGGGCAAGCUUUGAAGACCUCCCCAAUGAUCUCAAGUCGUGCUUCCUUUACUUCGCUGCUUUCUCUAAGUGUACAUCUAUGCCAGCCGAUGAUAUCGUGAGGAUUUGGAUUGCCGAGGGAUUCAUCAAACCGCAAAAGGGCAAGACUAUGGAGGAGCUGGGCUACAACUACCUCAACGAGCUGCUCUUGAGAUGCCUUGUUAAGGUUGAAGAAGAGGCGAACGACGCCUACAUCAAUGAGGAGUUCAGCGUUCACAAAAGGCUCCAUGGGUUCCUGCAAUCAGAGGCUCGCGAAGCAGGAUUCAUUGAUGUUCAUGACACGUAUGACAUCUUUGUUCCACCGUCGGUGCGACGUCUCUCUUUCAUGAGUUUCGAACGCGGACAUACGGCAUUCACCAACAAGUUCCGUAAGCUGCGUUCCUUCAUUAGCUGUGUCGAUGAGCAAGACCAGCGUAAUGACAGCCAAGGCGUGUACCAGAAGCGUCGGCAUGAUCUCAAGUUUUUGUGCAGGUCCAAGUUCCUUCGUGUGAUCCAUGUAUCUGGAUUAGGGAUUAGGGAACUUCCAAAUGAGAUUGGUGACAUGGUUCACUUGCGGUACAUAUUAAUUGGUAGCAUGGACCUCGAGAAGCUCCCCUCAAGCAUUAAGAGUCUGCUCAACCUGCAGACACUAGAUAUAAGUGAAACUCGAGUCGAGGAGAUUCACCCAUCCUUCUGGAAGAUAAAGACAUUGCGGCAUGUGAUGGCAUCAAAGCUCAGUCUUCCAGCAUCCAUCGACGAACAACUGGACGAGCUGCAGACGCUCUGGGUGUAA